AUGGAGAACGGCACGUACACAGUCGGCACUGUCCAGGAAGACACGUACACAGUCGCCACAGCCCAGAAAGACACGUACACAGUCGCCACAGCCCAGACAGACACGUACACAGUCACCACAGUCCAGCUAGACACGUACACAGUCGCCACAGUCCAGCUAGACACGUACACAGUCACCACAGUCCAGCAAGACACGUACACAGUCGCCACAGCCCAGACAGACACGUACACAGUCGCCACAGUCCAGCAAGACACGUACACAGUCACCACAGUCCAGAAAGACACGUACACAGUCGCCACAGUCCAGCAAGACACGUACACAGUCACCACAGUCCAGAAAGACACGUACACAGUCGCCACAGUCCAGAAAGACACGUACACAGUCGCCACAGUCCAGCUAGACACGUACACAGUCGUCACAGCCCAGAAAGACACGUACACAGUCGCCACAGCCCAGACAGACACGUACACAGUCACCACAGUCCAGAAAGACACGUACACAGUCGCCACAGUCCAGCUAGACACGUACACAGUCGCCACAGCCCAGACAGACACGUACACAGUCGCCACAGGCCAGAAAGACACGUACACAGUCGUCACAGUCCAGCAAGACACGUACACAGUCGCCACAGCCCAGACAGACACGUACACAGUCGCCACAGUCCAGAAAGACACGUACACAGUCGCCACAGCCCAGCAAGACACGUACACAGUCGCCACAGCCCAGCAAGACACGUACACAGUCGCCACAGCCCAGACAGACACGUACACAGUCGCCACAGUCCAGAAAGACACGUACACAGUCGCCACAACCCAGCAAGACACGUACACAGUCGCCACAACCCAGCAAGACACGUACACAGUCGCCACAAUCAGCGGCCAAACUUGA